AUGUUUCGAGAACACUCUGUACCUAUCUAUUAAAAUGCUUAAUAAAGUCCAUUUAAGAAUGCUGCUAUGUAAAGCAUAGAUUUAAAUGGAAAUAUUGGAUAUAAACCAGAAUACCUAGUUAAGAUGUAAUAAUAAUAAUAAAACCAUAAUAAUUAUCGAAAAAACAAAAACAUUUCUUCUUAAGUAAAACCUAUACAUAUUGCUGGUCCAAUUUCUCAGAAUCAGAAUGCAACUAUUUUUUAAGGACCUUAAUAUUUAAAUUUAGGCUUAUUUCAACCAAUUGAAAAAAAUAAGGUUUAAAAUGAUUAUUAGCCAAAUCAAAUUAUUUAAGUUAACAAUAGUUACAACUUAUAAUCUAAAUAAUAACUAGAAGAAAACAUUACGAUUAGAAAUCAAAUAUUAAAGUAAUGGAAUUUUAUUGAAGAAUAAAAAUAAUAAAAGACUUUCAAUUAAUCUAGUGAAUAUGAACAUCAAAAUAAAAUUUCGAAUCAUAUCUAUUGUGAUAAUAAUAGUAGAGGUUAAUACAAUUAGAUUUUUGAUAAUAAACUUCCUAUAAAAAAUUAAUAAACAAUUGGUUCCAAAUCUAUAAAGUUUUUAGAGGAUGAAAAACCGGAACAUUUAUAAAAAUUCUCAUCCAUCAAGAGAGAGAAUGAAAAACCUUAAACUAAUUUUACUACAAAAAUAGAUAGCAUAGUAAUCUAGAAAUAAACUAGCAAAGAAAAAAAUAUAGAAAUAGUCAAUAAAGCUAUGUCUGAAUGUGCUAGUUGGAUUUUAAAUUUUGCUGAAAAGGAUCUAAAUUAAUUUUGGAGCAAGGAAGAAUCAUUAAAUUGGUUAGAAAAUGAUUAACUAUCAGAAAAAGAAAAAAAAUACAGAAUUGAUAAAGUCAAACUUGUUAUUUAAAAACUUUCAAUUAUUAUAUUGGAAAAUUUAAAAGAAUCUAAUUUUAAUUCAGAAUUUUUUUCGUUUUUAGCUUAAAUUACUUAAAAUUUUAAGUUCCCUCCAGAUUAAUAUUUUUUUAAUUUUGAAAUUUCAAGAUUAGAAUUCAAUUCUUCAGGAACUAUUAAGAAUAUAAAGGUUUAAUAAUAAAAAAUGGUACUAGCAUUUUUUAUUAUGAUAAGAAUAUUAGGAUUUACAAUUUUAUAUGCUCCAUGGACUUUAGGAAUAAAUACUAUUAAAAAAACUUCAAUUUUGGAAACAAAUUCCUUAAUUAUUGUUUCUGUUAUAUAAGAAUUAGUUGUCGGAGAUUUUAGAGAAAUUAAAGUAUUAAAAGAUAAUUAAAAUCAUUUGAGAAAUGAAUUAAAAAUAAAUGCUCGGCCUCAAGGUCCACUAAAAGUACAUAUAAAUUAAUUUUUAGAUAAUACCUGAUCCAAAAACACAAGAAGAAAAAAUGGAAUUGCAAACCUAACUUGAGCCUUUGAUAUAUCCUACCUAUACACAUUAAGAAAUGAAAGAUUAAUUUGAAAAAUAGAUAGAGGUAUUUCUAAUUCUAUAAAAUAUAGUGGGUAGAAAAUAUGAGGGAUAUAUUUGAUGAGAUAUAUACAAAAAUAAUAAAAAUGACAAAUUCUUGGCAUAAAAAUAGCGAAAUUUCAUUAAAAUCAGGUAAGAAGUGGAUAUAAUGA